GGCUUGUGAUUGGCUCGUCCCACUCCUCUAUGGUUUCUGUCACCGGGAUCUGCUGCUCCAUCGAACGGGAGGCGACGAGGACGGCUUAAUCUUUCAUUUGGAGGAAAGGCGAAAGGCGAGACGAAAGCGUGAACAAACUGUCUUCGCCUCCAGCCACAAUGAUCCACAGCCUGUUCCUGGUUAAUGCCUCUGGGGAUAUUUUCCUGGAGAAGCACUGGAAAAGUGUGGUCAGCCGCUCUGUCUGCGACUACUUCUUCGAGGCACAGGAGCGUGCAACUGAGCCAGAGAACGUCCCGCCGGUGAUCCCCACGCCGCAUCACUACCUUAUCAGCGUGCUCAGGCAUCGCAUCUACUUCGUGGCGGUCAUCCAGAGUGAAGUGCCGCCGCUCUUCGUCAUCGAGUUUCUGCACAGAGUCGUCGACACCUUCCAGGAUUAUUUUGGUGUGUGUACGGAGGCGGCCAUCAAAGACAAUGUGGUGGUGGUCUACGAGCUGCUGGAGGAGAUGCUGGAUAACGGGUUCCCUCUGGCCACAGAGUCCAACAUCCUCAAAGAGCUUAUUAAACCACCCACCAUCCUCCGCACUAUGGUCAACACCAUCACAGGCAGCACCAAUGUGGGUGAACAGCUCCCUACUGGCCAGCUAUCAGUAGUGCCAUGGCGCCGCACCGGGGUCAAAUACACCAACAACGAGGCCUAUUUUGAUGUGGUGGAGGAGAUCGAUGCUAUCAUUGAUAAAUCAGGCUCCACCAUUACAGCAGAAAUCCAGGGUGUUAUAGACGCCUGCGUAAAACUGACAGGCAUGCCUGACCUCACUCUGUCAUUCAUGAAUCCUCGGCUACUGGAUGACGUCAGUUUCCACCCGUGUGUUCGGUUUAAGCGCUGGGAAGCAGAGAGGAUCCUCUCCUUUAUCCCACCUGAUGGGAAUUUCCGGUUGCUCUCCUACCAUGUGAGCUCUCAGAACCUGGUGGCUAUCCCGGUCUAUGUCAAGCACAACAUCACCUUUCGGGAGGGAAGCUCCCAGGGACGUUUUGACUUGACCCUGGGCCCCAAACAGACCAUGGGGAAGGCGGUGGAGUCAGUCCUAGUCAGCAGCCAGCUGCCUAGAGGUGUCCUCAACGCCAGCCUCAAUCCCUCCCAGGGAACAUACACCUUUGACCCAGUCACAAAGUUGUUGACAUGGGAUGUUGGUAAGAUCAACCCACAGAAGCUUCCCAGCCUGAAAGGCACCAUGAGCCUCCAGGCUGGAGCCUCCAAACCUGAUGAGAACCCCACCAUCAACAUCCAGUUUAAGAUCCAACAGAUGGCCAUUUCAGGACUGAAGGUGAAUCGCCUGGACAUGUAUGGUGAGAAGUACAAACCGUUCAAAGGCAUCAAGUACAUGACCAAGGCUGGCAAGUUCCAGGUCCGGACAUAAAGACUGCUGCUCUGUUACCACCGGACCAAACCACCAUGAGACUGAGGGUUACGUGUUGGGGGAAGGGGAGUCGGUACAUUCCCUGUGUAUACGCAUUUACCUUCCAAGGGUUACCUACACAAAUUGGAGGCUCUGUGUAGCAGUUAAAAGUGGACCAUUGCACAUAAAAAUCAAACCUCUGUUAUAAACUGUUCAGAGCUCUGACUGAGUCUGAAGAGUUUGAACCAAGUGUCCUAAACCUUUUCCGUCUGAGCUGAGCCUGGACCAAACCCAACUGAUCCUACUGCUCGGUACUCGUCAUUUACACUGUUACACCACCAGUUUUAAUCGAACCAAAUCCAGGCGGGUCAGACAUACAUUUCAAAUCUCAACAAAGUUGCCACAAUCUGAUUGAAAUGAACCCUUCCACCAUGUUUGACUGAAUAGAAGUGUGUAGCUGACUGGACUGGAUAUUGGACUACUAGUACAUGGAAACACAUUCUUAUAAACACAGAUAUUAUGACCUGUGCAUUAUUACAUAACUUUAAUCUUUUCAUUGCAAAGCAAUUCCACAAGUUAAAACAUUGGGGUCUUACAGCACACAUUGAGCUAAGUUAAGGAAGUACUGACAUGGAUAAGGUGGAUAUGCUCUAACAGACUUAGUUUCAGAAUGUUCCAGAACCAGCUCCUACAUUGUUUAUGUGUGCUAUAAAGAGUCCACACUGUUAACUACUCAUGAAACCCACCCCUGUUUUAUUUUUUACCCUCCUGUCUCGUUGUUUUUUAUUUCUUUCCGGCUCUCUGCCCCAUCGUUUGUCUGUCUGUCCACUUUUCUCAAAGUUUCAAUAAUUUAACUGGAGUCCUCACGCUGACAUGAGAAUAUGACACUGGAACCGUCCUCAUUCACGCACUUUUACCUCUGCUGGUACGAACAUUUCUUCAUGGUGCAGAUGGAUGUAGAAGCCGUUUGAGCUGUUUUUGAGAGAAAUUCAGGUACAUGUUCAUCUGUUUUAUUCAACUUCAAUGAUUAUUUAACUAAAAGGAUCAGCGUCUAAAGUAAUGUUGUAUCUUUAUAUUUUUAAAGCGUUAACUCUCCACAAGCUUGUUCUUUAACAAGCAUCACAGUAUAUUGAAAAACAAAACUGAUCACAAAAGGGUACUCUCCUCUCAGUGCAUCACAACCCUUACAGUCAGAAAUACAACAGCGUGCAUUUCUUGUUGUUGCCGUGGCAACUGAGCUAAUCAGUGACACUCAAGGUGAUGCUUUCAGGCCUCUGGGUCUCUGUUGAAAUCAGCCCACCAUCAUAUUCCGGUCUCUUAGGGUUGGCAUCAAGAUUCUUGGCUGCUUCCAAUAUAUGCCAUGGUAUUAAACAGUCAAAAUAAAAAUGUGUUAGGAGGAACGGCGAGGUACCUCAGAAGAAAUGUCGAAGGUUUGCGUUUUGUGUUUACAACAUUUUGUUUGUGUUUGUUGAACAGCCUCCAAUGGAGUGUUACACUGGAGAAAUAAAGAAAAAUAAAGACUGGAUGUGUUAUAA